UAAACAAAACUAAAAUUCCUAAUAGCUCCCAUGACAAUACUUGGCUCUCUGUCCCGGUAAAGACUCGCUCUUUGCCGUCAUUCGUUCAAACUCUGCACCCCAGCUAUGGCGUUUUCCACACUAAAACCAUUGGGUUCUCAUAAUCUGAUCAGAAAUGGUGUUUUCCAAAUCGAGGUGAGUUCUGGGCCCUUGAAUUUCAGACAUGGAGAAAGCAGAGGUGCCAUUCUUUUUGCUUCUUUGAAGCAUGUCUCCAGAAGCAUCGUGUGCAGAAAUGAGCUUAGAGACCACGAAGAACGAAGUAGUGCAAAUGAGGUGAAAAAGGAGAUAAUGCGAUGCUAUGAGAUCAUACAGAGGCUCGAAAGGGGAGUUGUUUAUUUGGGUUCUUCAAGGAUGAACUCAGAUCACCCAUACUUCUUGCAGGCAGUGGAACUGGGAAGAGAGGUAGCAAUUCUAUUAGACUGCACAACGUGGACUGGAGCUGGCCCUGGCCUAAUGGACGCAGCUGCUAAAGGAGCUAUGGAAGCAGGAAAGCCAGUUGGUGGCUUCAAGAUUCGGAAAGAAGCGGGCCAAUGGACCUCAUCAAAUCUCCAUCCUUAUCUCCCCCCAGAAACAUACUUCACAUGCAGGUUCUUCUCUGCAAGAAAGCAUGGUUUAGUUGAUGCAGCUGUCAGGAAUAGGGAGUCAGAAAGGACUGCUGUGAUUGUAUUUCCAGGUGGGAUUGGCACUCUCGAUGAAGUAUUUGAAAUGCUAACUCUGAUUCAACUUCAAAGACUAGGAUCUGAAUUUCCAGUUCCAUUUGUUGUCAUCAACUAUGAUGGUUUCUACUCCAAGCUCUUGGGCUUUCUUGAGGACUGUGAGCAAUGGGGCACUGUCUCCAAAGGAGAGGUAGAAUCGUUGUGGAAAGUGUGUAGCAACAAUUUGGAGACAUUGAACUACUUGGCAGAGUUUUAUGGUGUUCCUCAUGGUAAGAGGAAUUAUAAUAUCAAAGUGGAAAGGUUACAUUAAGCAGUAUUAUUAUUAACUUUCAAUAACCAUCUCUCUUUCUCUCACAAACACACACAUACGCCAACACACAGAAAAUAGACUUCAACCCCUAGAGACUGAAAUAUUGAGAUCAGUGUUUUCAAGCUUGGGCCUUGCCCUGUAACCUGGCAGGGCCUGGUCCAGUCACCAGUCAGACUCGAUUGAGUCCAAUUUGGACUCGGUUGAGCCUUUAAAAGAUAUAACAACGGAACCUUGGGAACUGAUGAAACAGAACGAGUUCCCAGGGCAUUUCACUUGACAGAACGAGUUCCCAGGGCAUUUCACUUGGACCUGGCAUUCUGCCCGGUCAGAGUGACUUGUCCAGGUCCGAGUGACUUGUCCAAUUCCGAGUCUGACUCAGCGAGUUUUAAGAUACUGCUUGAGACAAUCAAAACUGCCAAAAAACCAGCACUCUAAGAAGCCAAUGAACAUACCAAACUGCAUGAGAAAUGCUACGCUGUCAUUUGGGAAGAAGAACUGAAAAAAAAGAAGUAAGAAUUAAAAACCUGACAUCCCAAUUUUGUACUCCCAAAUCAUCUACAAGGAAGAGCAGAUAUACCCCACCGUGAAUUUGGCACAUCAAAUACAAAUUUCACGUUUUGCUACUGAAAAUUACCCAACACUGAUUUCCCUGCUUCAGCAAUGCCAAAAGCCAAGCAUGAGUUCCCUCCAACUGGAUAAACUAGUUGCUGUGAACCAAGAUGAAGAUCUGCAAAUCCAAAAUGGAAUGUAGCAGUAGGAACCCUAAAUUCUUCGACCCCUGAAACCCUAAAACACAGUACGAAUGGCUCUGUUGGAUCCAAAACCACAAGUCCUUCACCCAUCUCCUCCCUAAAGCCAUCUACCAAUAAU